AGAAUGUUGACGUAAGAGCUUCCUAUUGGGAGAAUUGGAUAAGUUGUAAAACCGUACAAGUACCUCAGAAUGAAUGUAAGAGAUAUGAGAAACUCAAGAGAUAGAUAUGCGAUAGAAAGUUUAAAUAGGGAAUAAAUAGUUUUUUUACAAUUUAAAACCUUAAGGUUGCAGAUUGUGGCCAAUGUAUUCUGGUCAGAAUGCACCAUACUAUAAUCAACAUUGAAACCAUUGUUGGGAAAAAAGGAUGAAUAUCAAAGGAAGGUUCAAUUAUACAAGCCCCGUUUACAGUAAGGUUUACCUCAAGGCACUGAAGUAUUUGGAAUUGGCUGGGUGAGUGUUACAUCGAUAUACCAUGAGGAUUGUUGAAAGAAGCAGAUUAAAACUGGUUUAGCUCUGGUCUGAAACUUAACUUAAAAAAAUUGAUUGAAAGGUUGAGUCCUGAUCGAGAAGUAAAU